ACGUCAUUGGGAGCUGUUCAAAGCGGAGUGGUGCUGAAGAGACAACUCUCCUCUCCUCUCCUCUCCUCCUCUCUGCUCAGUCAGACAGCCAGUCGAUCACUCGGUCGCUCCGUCGGUCUGCAGCCAUCAGCCGGUUCCGUGGACGCUGGAUUUCACCUCCUCAAAGAUCCUUUAUUAGCUCUCAGCACAGAUCACACAUCAGCAGCGUUUACACGUCACCUGAAGCCGCAUGUGGGAGAUAUUUCCAACCAGUCCCGAGGAAGCGGUGAUGUUUAAUGGCCGCCCCCUCCCGAGGUCGCCGGAGUCCCCGCAAUCAUAGAUCCAUCAUCAGCGGAAAAGCUCUCAUCAUGGAAACCCCCUACCUCCAGACUGCGCUCCGUGGCCCCCCCUGUAGAGGGUGCAAUUGCUGAGGCAGCGGUAGUGAUACUUAGACAAGCUUGUCUGUGAAGCUAAAUAAUCACCCAAACCAUGUAGUGUACCUCUCUCCAAGGAGGGGGGAGGGUCUACAUUUGAGUCUGAUUUAUUUUUUUAUUUAUUUCUGUUUAUGUCAUCUCUGGAAUAGAUUUGUGUUCGCUUGUUUAAAGAGCGCAUGUGGGUGUGGACAUAGCGUGCAAGGUGAGGAGAAAGUGACAGAGAGAAAGAAAGAGAGAGAGAGAGAGGAGGAAAGAGAUGGUCCUCCACACCACCCCUUACUCCAGUGCCUGUCUGCACUUCCUGGAUGGCUUGUCGUGGAGCCUGGUGUUCCCCUGCUACUGGCUCCUGGACCAGCUCCUGGCUUCCUGCGUGGCCACCUCGCUGGAGAAGCGUCAACGCUCCCAGGACCCCUGCUCCUUCCUCAGCCUGUGUGUCCUGAUCUCCGCGCCCCUUUACCUGCUCCUCCUCCUCGCCGCCCUGCCCUUCGCCCUGCUGGGCUUCAUCAUCUGGGCUCCCCUGCAGGCCGUCCGCCAGUCCUACCUGUACACCUACCGCAGACCAGACAAACACCAGGCCGAGCAGGGCCAGGCCGGGCCAGGAGGUGUUGGCAUUGGGGAAUGGAGGCCACAAGGCAGAAGCUUCUGUUUCUGCAGUGCCAAUGUAUGCCUGCUGCCCGACUCCCUGGCCAGGUUCAACAACCUGUCAGACACACACAGGAGAGCCCGGGAGGUGGGGAAGAGGAUCCGCAACGGUGCCAGUCGGCCUCAGAUUAAAAUCUAUAUCGACUCACCUACCAACACUUCCAUCAGUGCGGCAUCCUUCAGCAGUCUUGCCACAGGUUUCCGCCGUACAUCCUCUCUGGACCAGCGUCCAGACCAAACACACAACACCAACAGCCCAGCCGACAAUGAAACCGAGCCCCUCACCGAGUGCCCAAUUCACCCCUCAGGUGCCACCGACUGCCCCGUUCACCCCCCUGCAAAAGACAAGGGUUCCUCUGAAUGCCCCCUUCACCCAGAUGGAGGAGACAUGACAGCGGACUGUCCCCUCCACCCUGCAGGGACUGACAGCAGCUCAGACUGUCCCGUUCACACCUCAGGGGAGGCUUCAGACUGCCCCUUGCAUUCUGCGGGGGCUCCGAGUGGCCAAGGCCAUCAUGACUGUCCCAUGCACGGGGAAGGGACCCAGACAAAACUCUCUUCAGACUGCCCACUUCACACCUCAGGGGUUCAAAUCAGCAUCAGCGCCCCAGAGCCGGACCCACAGGAGGAGGAGACCGAAACAGGGAACCAUCGGCCUGGCGACCAGGCAGGGGGAGAUACGGGCAGCAUGACUGCCUCCAGGGAAUCCCUCACUCGUUACCAUAGUGGCGACGGUGGCGUAGGCAUUUCCUCCAACAAUACUCUCUCUCACGUCCCUCGUACGUCAAUCUUCAAGCGCCCCGGACGAAAACGCCGCCACGGCGAUGAGACAUUCGACCACGAGAUCUCUGCCUUUUUCCCUGCCAACUUGGAUUUCUUGGCUCUACAGGAAGUGUUUGACCACGGAUCGACGACUAGACUGCGGCGGCAGUUGCAUCGCUACUUCCCCUACGUACUGAGCGAUGUCGGCCGGUACGGGUGGAAAGGCUGCUGCUCAAGGUUCAAAUUCCUGAACAGCGGGCUGAUGUUGGCCAGCCGCUACCCAAUCCUGGAUGCACGGUACGAGUGCUACCCCAACGGGAGAGGAGAGGACGCACUAGCAGCCAAGGGGGCACUGUUUGCCAAGGUUCACGUGGGCACCUCCCAUCAGGAGCAAAGGGUUGUGGGAUAUCUCACAUGUACGCACCUCCACGCCAUAGAAGGUGAUGCAUCUGUACGCUGUGAGCAGCUGGACCUGUUGCUCCAGUGGGGAGCUGAGUUUCGCCAAUCCACAUCCCAACCACCUGAAGGAGAGAAGGUGCUGGAAGAUCUGGUGGCCUUCGAUGUCAUCCUGGGAGACCUCAACUUUGAUAACUGCUCCUCAGAGGACAAGCUAGAGCAGCAGCAUGCACUUUUUACUCAAUACAAGGACCCAUGUCGCCUGGGGCCAGGGGAGGACAAACCAUGGGCUUUGGGUACUUUACUGGAUCCCAGUGGCCUUUAUGACGACGAGGUCAGCUCACCUGAAAGUUUACAAAAAGUGAUGGAGAACGAGGAGGGCAGGAAGGAGUACCUGGUGUUUCCUCCCAGUAAGAGCCAGUGUCCCGCCAGCAGUCAGAAGGGGAGGAAGAUCCCACUGAAGGGAAACGGACGCCGGAUUGACUACAUGCUCUACAGCGACGAGGGCCUGCAGCAGGACUGGAAACUGGAUAUCGAGGAGUUCAGCUUCGUCACCCAGUUGGCCGGCCUCACCGACCACCUGUCUGUGGCCAUGCGAUUGGCUGUUUCCACCGGGGAAGAGGAGCCUUAGAUUGACCACCUGAGCUUUUUCUUGUUUAAAUACUGCCAUGGAGGAGUGACAGACAACCAGGAAGAGAAGAGGAGAUUAAAAGUUUACAGAUAAGGAGCCGCCUUGAGAGAGACAAAAUGCAGUUCCGCGAGAGGAUUGAAGGGAGAGCGAAAUGGACAGACGGAUGAAUCAGUGGAGCAGCGCUCAGUGGAUGAAUGGAUAUAAAGAAGGUAGAGGAGAGCGGCAGCAGAGGAGUGAUAUGAAAGAGAAAGACUCUGGAGGGGAGAGAUAAGCAGGGGAAUUCAGUUUAAAAAGCCAGAUAUUCAUCUUCUUGGGUAAACCACCCACACACACACACACACACACACACACACACACACACGCUAAAUACAAUACCUAACACACAAACACAAUUGAUCGACAUUUUGACUGUUGAAUAUUGCUCGGCCUCUCCACUCUUCUCCUCCAACACUCCCUGUUGAACUGAAUCCAUAGGGUUUUAUUUACAGUGAAUUGUUUUAUGUAGCCAAUUUACACACUCUUUUUAUUUUAGCCGUAGUGUAAGUAUGAUUUUUUUUUUUUUUUUUUAAUGAUUCUACCUUCAGGGACAGUUGGAUCUUCUUUAGUGACUGUGUAUAAAAGGAAAACACAUAAUUUAAGUGAUAAGAGUGAAGCCUACAGCUACUGACUGGCCUUUACACUGACCGUGUGUGUCCUUGUCUCGUGCUCCUUCCUGAAUGGCUAUCGGUCGUUCACCUUACUACUCCCACGUCAGUCCCAGGAACCUCAACAAGUGUCUUUUUUUCUAAAAAAAAAACUAAAAAAAAACUAGUCUUUCUAAAAGGAGAAAAAUAAUAUGAUACGAUUUCUAUUGUCGCCACACCACUUUUUUAUAGGGAGUUUAAAUGCCUGUUUAAUACUAUAUGGUAUGUUUCUAAAAAAAAAAAAAAAAAAAAGGUUAUUGUAUAAAGGGACAAGACAUUUGAGGAAAAGUUAUUUGUUAGAUCCUUACAGCAUGUUUUUUCAGCCAUGACUGGUGAAAAUUAGACUGGACAUUUUUGGUGUAAUAGUGGCAACUGAGGCUUUGCGGAUGCAUGAUGGGAAAUGGUAUCAGUUUACAACAUUAAUAUAGCGUCUUGAUACACUUGCUUGAGUCUGGCUGCUCUUGAUUGAUGAGUCAAGGAGCAUUUUGCCCUGAAAACACACACUAACUGUAUGCCAGUGUGACAUUUGUGCAUGUGAGACUCCACCCUUGCUGAUGACACUGAACACACAAAAAGAUAUGCACAGAAGCAUACUGAAGAUUUACAUAAAGCAGGCGCACACAGCUACACACAUCAUGUACGGGGGGAUUUCAGGUGAGGUAACAUACCCUCUGGCGGCCAUAUUGGAGGUCUUUUAAUGAUAACAUGUUUGAGAGAGUGGAUACCAAUGUAGCUAUCUGGUUAGCAAGCCAUCGCUGUCUUGUAAGCACGUCUGAUUCGUGCACUAGUUAACAUACAGUAUACAGCCCAGUUUUUGGUUUGAGCACAGCCAGUUGUCAAAUGGAACAUCUUGAAGACAGCCAUAUUGUGACGCAACUGCAAAACCUCAUCAUACAGAAACAUUUUGAAGACCUACAGGCUGCACACACCCUACAAUACAAUAUGCCAAGUAUAAUGUUCUAAAUGGUCCCAAAGAUUAAGACAGCCCACCCACAAAAAUACAGAGUUCAAGUAGUGCAAAGUCUAAUGAACACAGUGCAUACCAAGGACACGAAUACAUGAAGUAGUGUAAUGCUACAAUGCAACUGAAGGUGUGUUCAGACUGAAAGCAAAACCAACUUUAAGCUGGGCAUACAUUGUACGAUUUUAGAAAUGUUGUUCUGUAAUUCCUACUGUAUGAGUAGAUCGUUUGGCUCGUGGCUCGUGGCUCUGCGUCAACUGUGUGAAAGCCUGUGGACGGACGACCAAAAUUUCUGACAUGUCAGAAAUUCAUCCGACUGUCCAACGGCCGGUCGAGAGGAGUUAAUCAGUCCUUGGUCCACCCUGUACACUGCACGGCAAACGAUGCCCAACGAAGCUGAAAUUCGGACUCUAAAAUGAGUCGUGCAGCUCAAAAAAUGGGCUGAAAUCAUACAGUGUAUGCCCAGCUUUUGAAGCAGUACGUAUAAAGUUGCAUAUGAAGUAUUGUAAUUACAUAGUGAAUGUAAUUUCGCACUGGGGUGAGUUAUAAAUGUUUCAACUUUGCAUUCAUCUCAAGGCUUUAUGACUCCAACUCAUGAACAAACAUAAGAAUAUGAAGAUGAUAAGAAGAAAAAGGACACGCAACUAUAAGAAAAAAAAACGGGAAAAAAACAAUUUAACAAUUUAUAGACUUAAU